UAUUUUGGUUAUAUAUCCCAUGAAUCCGCCCAUGGUGACACUGACAUAGAUAGUCACAUUGGACUGAGCUUCCGAUUUUCAUUUCUUAGUUCAAAGGAGAAUCCAGGAGUGAAGAACCCAACGGCCAUGGAGAUUGAUGCUAUGUUCUCACAUUACUUAGUCUCAUGGUUCAAGAUUGCAGUCGCACCAAACAGAAUUUCGAUUCAAACAAACAUGACCCACCUUAACCAAACCAACGCCCACAACCUGCACUCGAAGAACACCACCAAACUAAGACCAAAGCCAAUAGGUGCUACUGGACCAAAAAGAUCCACAAGCUUUGUGUCAUCGACCGCAAUGUCGACUAGGCCCUUGACCUUCUUGACCAUCUUCGUCUUAGCGGUUACCACCCGACUCCCUCAACAUCGGCUGCAUAAUUCACGCACUGUGCGACGCCCACCGUUUCUCCGAAGCUCACAAUCGUUUUGA